CGGGGGUGGGCUUGAGUUUUCCAGCCCAGCCCAUAGCGAUUUUUCAAAGCCCCCUGGGCCCCAGUUCCCCCAGCUGCUCCUUUAAGGGCUGCUGGGUUUCCCCAGGGACUGACUCAGACUGGAAACUCUCUUGUUCUCGCUCCUAUCUGGGUCACACUCCGUACCCGCUCCGCUCCGCGCCCGCCGGGGCCCCGCGUAUCCCCCGGGCACCGGCAAGACUAUGCCAUCCAUGGGCAGUGGCCAUGGUGGGGUCCAGCACAGCCUUGGUGCUCCAUGUCCUGCUCUGCUGGGUGUCUGGAGGCACGGGCAUCAUCUCCUCUGGUGGGUCCCUGGCUCAGAGUCACCUUGGCCCUGCAGGUGUUGGUGUGAACAUCAAGUGCUCAGGACACGUCUGGAUUGAGCCCUCUGGGGUGGUGCAGAUGGGCUCCAACAUCUCCAUCAACUGCUUCUCCACCCUGGGCUGCUCCCAGUUCUUCAUCUUCCUCAACCUCAGCCAGGCUGAGGGUCCCCUGCACCCCAUCAACAGCAGCACUGUGCAGCUCCAGCUCCGUGACUUCCAGAUGCCUUUUGGGACCUUCACCUGCUUCACCCUCUGUCCCAACAGGGACAAACGACAGCUGGUGUGUGGCACCCAGGUCUGGGCUGGCUACCCUCCAGACCCCCCCAGGGACCUGCAGUGCAGCAUCAAGGAGGGCUCAGGGAGCCUGGUGUGCCAGUGGGACACGGGACAGCCAACCCAUCUCCCCACCCACUACACCCUCCACCUGCACAGCCUGGGGCCGGCGGUGCUGGAGGAUGCUGAGCAGGAGGAGGAGGUGAAGGAGGAGGUGAGGGUGUUCCCUGCUGGUUCCCCUGUGCUGCUGAGCUCACUGCCUGCUGGCAGCCACUACUCAGCAUGGGUGGAAGCCAACAACCCCCUGGGCACCUCUCGUUCAGCCCCUCAGCACCUUGACCUGCAGGAGCUUGUGGUUCCUGCCCUGCCCCAGGUCACUGGUGCCCAGACAACAGAGACGUGGCCUCCCAUCACCACCAUCUUCUGGAGGAGACAGACCCAGCUGGAGAAUGUCACCUGUGAGGAGAGACACAGAGCAACGGGCACCCCGGGGUGGCAGGUGGAGGUGUGGGAUGGUGCAGAGCCCCAGGGAGCCCAUCAGCACCAGGACCUGCAGGGUGACACCCAGUACCUCUUCCAGGUGCGGUGCCGCCUCAGCCCCGCACACAGCCCCUGGAGCUCCUGGGGUACCCCCUUCCUCUACACCACCCCCGAGGCAGCCCCUCCUGUGGCACCUCAGGUCUGGUGGCACCCGGGUCCCACCUUCCCCAAUGGCAGCCAGCAGGUGACAGUCUUGGUCAAGCCCCUGCUCCCCCAGGAUGCCCGUGGGAGGGUCCUGGGUUACCGGGUGACCACCGGGAGCUCCGGGGAGAAGCUGCUGCUGUGCCACACCUCCAGCACCCUGUGCCACGUCCUGGUGCCCCCGGGGACACGCGUGCUCCACGUCACCGCUCACAGCCCCGGGGGAGCCUCCGGCCCUGCUGCCACCAUCCCCCUGGGCUGGGGGGCUGGGGGGCACCCAGCCUUCCCAGCCCCUCUGGCUGUCCAGGUCCAAGCCAAGAACGGGAGCAGGGUCUGGGUGUCCUGGGAGCCCCCCCCACCCCAGGACAGGGGGUCCCCACUCUGGUUCAUCGUGGAGUGGGUGCCCAGCACCCCCUUUAGCCAGGAGGAGAAGUAUUUUUGGAAGAAAGUCCCACCCCAGGAGACACACACAGAGCUCCAAGCAGAGGCAGGAGCAGGAGGUCCCAUCGAGGUGUCAGUCUAUGCUGUUUACCCCGAUGGAGUCAGCAAGCCAAGCUCCAGGCAAGUCCCUCCAGAGAUCCUGUUCCUGGGCAGCACCCACACCGAGCUCUCCCAUGAUGCUGACACUGCAGUUUUCCUGGGGCUGGGCAUCAGUGUGCUCAUCUUAUCCAUUGUCUUUGUAAUCCUGAUGGUUAAAAACUCAGCCAGGAAAAGGGUCAAGGCCACCGUUGUGUCACUCUUACCCACCUGGCUGCUGGAAGAUCUCCCCCACAUGGAGAAGAGCAGGGUGCUCAGGUCACUCCAGGCAAACAGUGAUUUCCCAAGCAGCAGUUUCCACGAGGCCUUCCUGGACACCAGUGACCCCACAGUUAUGGAAAUCCAGGAGGUGGCAGCACCCCAGGAGCAGCAGGAGGUGUCCAGCAGCAGGGAGCCCAGCAGAGAGGUCCCUGAGGCUGGGGAGCAGCUCAGCACCCCAACCCCCCAGCAGAUCAGUGCCUACAGACCUCAGGUGGCUGGGGGGAACCCACUGGGCUACAUUGCUGCCCCCAUCUCCCCAGCACAGCCCCCUGCAGCUGGACCAGAACCAGAACCCAGCACCUUCUUCAGAGACUACAGCAGGCCCUUUGCCCAGCUGUGGGAUGGGGAGGGAGGAGGCUCCUCCAUCCCCCUGCUGGAGAAGCUCAACCUCAUCCUAACCCCCAGCCCCCCGUUGGGCUCAGUCUGGGGGGCACAGGGGUCCCUCCUGGGGGGGCCCAGGCUGGGGGAGGUGCAGGACCAAACGUUGGUACCCGAGGAGCUGCUCUCCUGCCUGAGACCCAUCCAUGGGGUGGCAGUGGAUGGACAGCCCUGCUUUCCCCAAAGCCUUGGGAGAAUGUUUUGAGACAAAUGCUUCAUUCUGAUUAAAAUAACCCCAAAGCUGCAGCCAGGGCACAGAGUGACCUUUGAGAGCAGGACUGGAGCACAACUCUGAUUCCUCUUCAUCACCUCCAAAUCCUUCUGGCUGCCUGGAACACCCCCACCAGUAAAGCCCCAUUGGAAACCCACUUCAUGUUGUCACCAGCAUAAAACCAUAAAACCUGGAUCCCUGGAGGAAAGAAAAUCACAACCAGGAGGGGUUUUUACAGGAUGCAAAACACUUCAGUGGCCAUGCAACACCCUGCUCUGGAUACAUGCUUGGAGCAUUCCAUCCCUGGAGCUGAGUGCCAUUAAGGUGGAUAUAAAUUACCCCAUGGGUGGAUAUAAAGAUCCCACAGAAGGAUAUAAUGAUCCUGUAGAUGGCUACAGCAAUCCCAUAGAUAGAUACAGCAAUCCCAUAAAUGGAUAUAACAAUCCUGAAGAUGGAUAUAAUGAUCCCAUAGAUGGAUAUAAUGGUCCUGCAGAUGGAUAUAAUGAUCCCAUAGAUGGAUAUAAGGAUCCUGUAGAUGGAUAUAAGGAUCCAGUAUCCAUCUCAACUCUCUUGGAAUCAUUCUGAGUGAACAGACACUGCACCAGGAGGAUUUCUGUAUCAUCCAGCAGCCAAAGGUCCCAACACCAUGAAAGCCAACAGGCUGCUGGGUUGCACCAAGAAGGGCAUUGCCAGCAGAGAUGAAGAAGGUGUCAUCCCACCUGUCAGACCACACCUGGAGUAUUGUGUUCAGGUCUGGUGCCCACUGUGCAAGGAUGCAGACAGGCUGGAGAGGAGCCAGAGAAGAGCCACGAGGGUGCUCGGAGGAGUGGAGCAGCUGGCACAUGAGGAGAGGCUGAGAAAAAUGGGUUUGAGAAGGGAAGAGAAGAGAAAAUGGGAAGAGAAGGCUUAGGGGAGACCUCAUUGCCAUGUUCCUGUACUUAAAGGGGGCUACAAAACAGAUGGAGAUUCUGGUUGGACACAAGAGGAAAGGUUUUCCCCAUGAGGCCAGUCAGACCUUGGAAUGGUCUCCAGGGGAAGUGGGGGAUUCCCCCACUUUGAAGUCUCAAUGGGGUACUGGGACAUCUCACACCAAUAAUAGUACCAGAAGGGUGGGACCAGCUGGUCCCUGGGGUCUCUUCCAACCUGACAUUCCAUGAAAUCCUUUCUGCAUGACAGAACAACCCCUCCCAUGUCCCUUCCCAUGCUCACAAAGGGAAGCUCAGUGCUGACCUCCAGCCAAUGCCCCCUUCAGACUCACCCACUUUAUUCUCACAGAACCACUUUUUCCAGCCCCAGACCUUUCUUCCCAGUCCUGCUGAGCACUCUGUGCUGCUCCACUCCUUUUUCUUGCUGCCUGCUGGGUGUCCCUGUGCCUCUUGCUGUCCCCAGAGCUCUGGGGGUGGCAGGGACCUGGUGAGGUGGGGUCAGAUUCUUCUUUAGCAGCAGCAAAGCCUUCCCCAGCCAGAAGUGUGACUUUGACAUGUUAAGCAAGCCUAAAAUUAGUGAUUGCUGCCUGUGCAGGAAGGAAGCUGUAAAAGAACAACCACAAACAAUCAGCAGCCCCAAAGGGAGGUGCAGAAGGUGCAUUGUAUUGGGGUUUUUUUUACAGUGUGCACAUCCUGGGACUCGAGCUGCCUGUGUCACCUCAACCACACAACCCCCUGAGUGAAAAUGCUUUUCUUGCCAAGAAAACCCAAAGCUGGUCUGACACAGAAAUUCCCAGCCCUGCUGCUGCAGCCCAGGAUGGAUCCCUGCAAAGAGAUCUGGGGCCAGAGGAGCUCAGCUCAGCUCCUACCUCUCCUGGGGUACCAAAGCUCUUUUCUUGGGAGGAGGAGGGAAAUAUUUCUCCUUCACAGGGCUGUGUGGGUGCAGCUGGUAAAUAAGAGCUGGUUACCAGGAAAAAUGGAAAGAGAAGGGCACAAAUAUCUGUAGGUAUAGAACCAUGUACUUGUUUGGGUUGGAAAGGAUCUGCAAGAUCAUCAAGU